AUGGGUAUCUUUGGCCCCGCCGGUCGACCGUGGACUUACCACAUCCUCCAUCGCAAAUGGCCCAGAGUCCCAAGAUCGGCGAUGCGCUGGCUGAUGCUGGUGGAAUUCGUCGGCUUGAUUCCUCUGCUCGUCAUCACGGCCCUCUCUCAGCCGAAUCUGUAUCGAACUGCGCUGUGGCAGAUUGGAUGGGACCACCGUCUCAACUCAAACCCCGCCAUCAUUCUCUACGCCUAUGCCAACCACACGAAUCAGCCGAAGCUCGCCUUCAUCUGGUCACAAAAGCUCACUGACUACAAUGUCGCCCUCGCCGUCAUCUCGCUCUUCUUCCUCCUCACCAAGCUCAUUGCUGUCAUCAUGCGAGUUUGGUAUCCCAUUGUAUCUACCGUCAGCUCCAUUGCCCUAGUUGUGCUUUACAGCGUGAGCACCUAUGGCCAAGUCGGACCCGAUUAUACCGACCCGAGAUACCCAGCACCGGCGGCGUGGUACUUUAGAUAUGGCUGCGAUAUGGCCAAGCCAUACGGCCAGUACAACAACUGCCAAAUUGCGCAGAGUUCGCUUUUUAUCACGCUAUACAUGCUAGCUGUCUACUUGCUGCUCCUUGGCUUCUCCCUCUACUCCAUGUGGCCCAAUCACCUCAACGACUUGGAUACCGACGAGGAUGAAGACGAUGAAGUGCCUAUGAAAGAGGGCAAGAGCAUAGAACUGGGCGGCCUGAAAGAGAUGGGCAUGAAGCAGCCAAUGGCUUCGGGAGCCGUGCCUUUUACGCCGAGAACACACGCUUUCCAUAUUCUCGACCGAAAGCUCCCACUAAGACAGGAGAGUGAAGCCGUGUCAUAUGCUUAGGAGCCAGCCGGCUUCACUUUUUCUUCCUUCAUGUCGUUAUAUGUCCGCCGAAAAGAGGCGUGUUUGAAUUAUUCGGAUAAGGCAACGGCGCAAGGUUUUCUCAUGCAAGCAAUAGGAUGGAUGGUAAUGAAUCUGGGCCCUGGAGGCCAUGGAAGGGAGAGCAGAAAGGAUUGGAGUGAGGAAACCCGCCGACAAAAGGCCAUCGUCCACAACCAUGUACAUGUGUAUUUUUCAUUUCUUUUGUCACAUACUUUAUAUACCCAAGCACGAUGAUCAAUCAAGGUUCAAUUUGAAACUACAUAACCAAUA